GGUUUGUAAAGUUGGUGGGCUGUUGGGGUUUCACAAAACUACCAAAAUUACAAACCCCCUUCCCCUUCUCUUUCUUUCCUUCGUUUUCUUUCGUCUUCUUCGUCUCUCUUUCCCUCUCUCCUUAAAAGGCCCCCUUCUCUUUCUCUUUCUCUCUCAAUUCCAUUUCCUGUAGCUUCGUGCAAGAAAGAAACACAGACGAUUCACCCAAAUUUAAAUUCAAAGACUUUACUUAUUUGUAAAUUGUAGGUUAACGCCUUUCAGGUUUUUUUAUUUGUUUACGUGUUUUGGGAAAUCAAACCAAAAUCCCCAUAAUCAUAUUUGUUCUCUACAUACACAAAAGAAGAGGAAAGGAAGAGAAGGAAGCAGGGAGACUCAUAAAUGGAUGGCCUUUGUCUGAAAACAACUGCGCCAGGGAUACACGGCAUAUCUUCCACCAUCUCAGCGGCUGCAGCCCUCGAUAUCCGUGCGAGCCCAUCUCCAUCUCAGGUGAGCGCCAUUGGCCGCUCCUCUGCAUCUGGGAUUGACAAGUCCACAGCAACCGCGGUUCAGAAAAGGACGACGCCGUUUUCCAGAUUCUCUUUAAAGCACCCUCUGAAAUUCUUAUGGCCUGGAGCAGCAAGAAGAGGUGGACCUGCCUACAAUGGGAUGGCUCUCGACGACGCCGUCCCCUUGCCCUCUAAGGAGGAAGAGGAGGCGGAGGCGGAGGCGGAGGAGGAGCGCCAGAGUGCGUCCAGGGCGUCGGACGGUCAAAGUGGGAACUGGGUUUUGAAGAUUUUGCACGUGAGGUCUCUCUCUCUACCCAGGAGAGAGGAACAGCAGGGGGGCAAGAUUGGCGGCGUUGCAGAGCUGCCCAGGGAAGAUGGAAAAACCGUGAUGGAUGAUGAUGACAGAAAUGGGAAGGCUGACUCGGAGGAAGACGAUGACGAAAAUGAUUGUUGUAGUGUUUCAGAGGAGGCCGAGUUUGAAGAUACGUUUAGUCGGUUGCUUAGGAAGGUUUCGUUGGCGGAGGCGAGGUUGUAUGGUCAAAUGUCGUACUUGGUGAACUUAGCUUAUUCCAUUCCUAAAAUCCAGACAGGAAAUCUCCUAAGAAGUUAUGGUUUUCGUUUUGUUACUUCGUCAGUAGAGAAGAAGGAAUUGGCUGCUAAAACCGAGGAGGACCAGGUGUCAGCUGAAAUUCAAGAAACUGAAAAAAACCUUGAGGAAGACAGGGAAGAAGAUGGGGAAAUAAAGGAGCAAAAGAACAAUGGAUAUCAAAUAAGUCCAUUUGCUGCUUAUCAAAUUGCUGCUUCUGCAGCUUCUUAUCUGCAUUCUCAAACAAGGAGCAUACUUCCAUUCAAAUCCUCAGAGACUGAGGCAGAUAAAGAUCUCUCUGAAGAAGGCAGUGAAAGAAGCGAAGCUGUUAAUAGGAUGAACUCAGAAGUGGCUUCUUUAAUGGCAACCACCGACUCAGUUACAGCCGUGGUUGCUGCAAAGGAAGAAGUAAAGCAGGCUGUUGCAGAUGACUUAAAUUCAACACUUUCAUCACCUUGUGAAUGGUUCGUAUGCGAUGAUGAUCAAAGCGGCACCAGAUUCUUUGUCAUUCAGGGGUCUGAAUCACUAGCAUCCUGGCAAGCAAAUCUACUUUUUGAGCCCAUUCAGUUUGAGGGACUGGAUGUGCUUGUGCAUAGAGGCAUAUACGAGGCUGCGAAAGGGAUUUACAAACAGAUGCUGCCUGGAGUCCAUGCCCACCUCAAAUCUCAUGGUGACCAUGCAACAUUUCGUUUUACUGGGCAUUCUCUAGGGGGAAGCUUGGCACUACUAAUAAAUCUCAUGUUGCUUAUACGGUUAGAAGUGCCAGUUUCUUCACUGCUUCCUGUUAUUACUUUUGGUGCACCAUCCAUCAUGUGUGGAGGUUAUCAAUUGCUUCGCAAGCUUGGAUUACCACAAAGUCAUGUUCAGUCUAUUAUGUUGCACAGAGACAUUGUACCCCGUGCCUUCUCUUGCAAUUACCCAAAUCAUGUGGCAGAGCUUCUCAAGGCUUUGAAUGGGAACUUUCGGAAUCAUCCCUGUCUCAAUAACCAGAAGCUACUGUAUUCUCCAAUGGGGGAGCUCCUGAUUAUUCAACCAGAUGAGAAAUUCUCCCCAAAUCAUCAUCUUCUUCCAUCAGGCAGUGGUCUAUAUCUUCUAAGCUGCCCACUGUCUGAUGGCAGUGAUGCAGAGAGGCAGCUCCGGGCUGCACAGUUGGUAUUCCUAAACUCACCACACCCACUCGAGAUCCUAAGUGACCGGUCUGCAUAUGGUUCAGAAGGAACCAUUCAAAGAGAUCAUGAUGUGAAUUCUUAUUUAAAAUCUGUUCGUGGGGUAAUUCGGCAAGAGCUUAACCAGAUUAGGAAGUCUAGGAGACAACAGCGCCGCAAGGUGUGGUGGCCCUUGAUAGCACCCCGGAGCGUGCAUGCAGGAGGUGUGAUUGUGGGAAGGACUGUUGCCUCAAUCAACCUGAGGCGAGAGCAAUUAAACUUUUCUGGCGUAUUACGGACGGGGAGAGAGUCGUUGAAACGGUUCGGUAGAAUUGUUGCAUCGUGGCACAUGCAUUUGUUUGUGGUGCUUUUGGUACCAGCGCGAUUGUUAGUCUUGGGGGCAUACAGCAUCAUCAGUUUGCGGUGACGAACCAGCAUGAGGUUACGAGGCAUCAGGUAGGCGGGCGAUUCAUGUUACAUGCUUGUGGACGGGACUAUUACUUGUGCACAUGGGUGGUGGUUGUGGUUGGGUGGCAGAAGGAUAGAUGAUUCUUUAUUCAAUUUGUUUGCAUAUUCGUAAUAGUAAGCAAAAUCCGGGUCCAGGGUGACCAGGGUGGGUGAGGGUGUUUUUUGUUUCAUUCACAUUUCUCAGAGAGAUGAUAAACGUGAAGCUGGAUGGAUACUCUUAUUGUUGUGUAAACAAGAUAAUAUAAAUUAGCAAUGGAUACACAUACAAAGACAUCAUCAUCA